AUGGGGAUUUCAAAGCGUUUCAUCUUCCUUUUUGUAUUCGUUUUUGUGUCGUUGCAUAUUUUGCCUUGUCUUUCUUUUACUUCCUUCGUGUUUGGAGACUCCCUCGUCGAUGCUGGAAACAACGACUAUCUUUUCACCCUCUCUAAGGCGGAUUCACCUCCUUACGGCAUUGACUUCAAGCCUUCUGGUGGGCAGCCCACCGGAAGAUUCACCAAUGGUCGAACCAUACCAGACAUAGUCGGUCAAGCCCUUGGAGCUUUGUCAUUUCCUCCACCUUACCUAGCCCCAAAUACUCAAGCUGAUGCAAUUCGCAGAGGAAUAAAUUAUGCUUCCGGAGCCUCGGGCAUAUUGGAUGAAACAGGAUUAUUGUUCAUAGGAAGAAUUCCAUUAAGGGAGCAAGUGAACUAUUUCGAACAAAGUAGAAGCUACAUGGUCAGUGUAAUGGGGGAGACUCGUACAAAGGAACUCUUGAAGAAUGCAAUCUUCUCUCUAACCACUGGGUCCAAUGACAUAUUGAACUAUUUCCAACCAUCCAUACCCUUUCUUGGAGGUAUCAAGGUUUCCCCCUCCUCCUUCCAAGAUUGUAUGGUUUCUAACUUCACCUCACAGCUUAAGCGAUUGCACGAAUUGGGGGCUAGAAAAUUCGUUGUGGUUGGGGUUGGACCACUAGGAUGCAUACCAUUUGUGCGUGCGACCAAUUUACUUCUAGCUAGUGGAAAAUGCUCGGUUAAGGUGAAUGGAUUGAUCAAAGGGUACAACAAGAAGCUGAAUACAACGCUAGAUCGAUUAAAUCAGCAGUUGGGACCAGAAGCCAUCUUUGUAUAUGCAAAUUCCUAUGAUGUUUUUCAGAGGAUCAUGCUAAAUUAUCGUCAAUACGGAUUUGAGAAAGCCGAUAAACCCUGUUGCGGAGGAUACUCACCGCCAUUCGUUUGCAUUGAGGACCGAAAUGCAAACAAAAGCUCUAGAUCAGCUCUAUGUGAAGAUCGAUCAAAGUAUGUGUUUUGGGAUGCAUAUCACCCAACAGAAGCUGCGAAUAUCAUAAUUGCCAAAGUGUUACUCGAUGGUGAUGAAAGCAUUAGCUUUCCUAUGAAUAUCCGGGAGCUUUACAACCACAAGCCCUAA